AUGCCCGCAGUCGACCUCUACCCCGUGCCGCUGGGCCUCGCGGCGCUCCUGGCCUCGCACGGCCUGCGCCGCGGCUCGCUCGCGCCGUCGGGGGCCGCUGCCGCGUUUGCGGUCGGCUACGCUACGCUCGCAUGCCCGACGCCGGCCUUUGGCUCCAUGCUGCUGGCCUUCUACCUGGCAGGCAGCCGUGCCACGCGCAUCAAGGCCGAGGUGAAGGCCACGCUCGAGCUCGAGGCCGGCGACGAGCGCCCGAGCCGCGACCAUGCCAAGCAGCCCGCACACAAGGCGCAGGCCGGUGGACAGCGCGAUGCCACGCAAGUGCUCUGCAACUCGCUCUUCGGCGCCGCUGCGGCGUGCACGUAUCGCGUUCUCUUCUCCGGCGCACCCGCAGCCACAUCGCAGCUGGCGCACACGCUUCGCAGCAUCGUGGCGUCGCUGGGUGGACCUCGCGCCGGGCCCGAGCUGCACGCCCAGACACUUCUGCUGCUCGCACUGGGCCACUUUGCCUGCUGCACGGGCGACACGCUGGCAUCUGAGCUAGGCAUCCUCUCUCGCUCGCGCCCACGGCUGGUCACGACGGGCCAGACCGUCCCUCCCGGCACGAAUGGUGGCGUCUCACUGCUCGGCGUAGCGUGUUCCAUCGGCGGCGGCGCCCUCAUGGGACUCGUCUGUGGCGCCGCACUGUACGCGUCUGACACUGCCAUGGCGCCGUCCAAAGCCCUCUCGCUGCUCCUGAUCGGCGCCGCUGCUGGCGGCACUGGCAGCAUGAUCGACUCGCUGCUCGGCGCCACACUGCAGAGAACGUGGUACAGCGAGACGCGGCGGCAAGUCCUGGUCGGGCGGCGCCCUCCGCCGCCGAGCAGCGAGUGGCGCGUGGUCACAGGAUACGACGUGUGCAGCAACAGCGCCGUCAACCUCAUCUCCUCGCUCGCGACUGCAGUGCUGACUGCGCGCCUGGGCAAUGCCGUCCUCGCCAAUUGA